CCGGCGCAGAGCCGAGGAUGAAGCGGCGCAGCGAGCGGGGGGUCGCGCCGCCGCCGCCCUUGGGGGAGGGUCCCGCGGCCCAGGCUUCGCCGGGCGGGGCUGGAGACCCCCCUGGGGGCUCCCCGCGGCCCAGGCGGAGUUGGCCAUCCUGGUUAUUCAGAACCCUAAUUCUGCAUCUCUUCAUUAUUUAUGUUUCCAUACCAUUCCUUAUACGUCUCUUUCCUGCGCUGUUGGCCAAGUUUGUCUUUCUCAAUAUUGUGGCAUUUCCCUUUGUGGACUUUGGGAAGCCUGAAUUGCUGCUGAACCAUACUGUAAACUUCUAUCUCACAACCGAACCAGAGGUCACCAUCGGUGUCUGGCAUGUUUUGCCUGGCAGCAGGGGGAUAGAAGCUCAAGGGAAGGACCACAGCUGGUAUGAAGAAAGUCUUGCAGACAAUAAUCCCGUUAUAAUUUAUCUCCAUGGCAAUGGAGGUAACAGGGCUUCAGGGCACAGAGUUUCCUUGAUGAAGGUGAUGAGUGGUGCAGGCUUCCAUAUACUGGCUCUUGACUACAGAGGGUAUGGGGACUCUAGCGGCUAUCCAAGUGAGACUGGAUUUACUACAGACGUCCUGUACCUCUAUGACUGGGUAAAAGCCCGGAGUGGAAAUAGCAGAGUGCUCUUCUGGGGACACUCCUUGGGUAGUGGAGUAGCAACAAAUGUUGCAAGGAAACUGCUUGAAGAAAAAGGCAUCCAGGUGGACUUGAUCAUUCUGGAAUCCUCAUUCACCAACAUUCGGGAGGCAGCAGCUCAUAUCCCCAUUACCAGAAUCUACCGUAAAUUCCCAGGAUUUGAGUACUUAAUCCUUGACUCAAUGGCAUUGGGUGACAUAUUUUUCCAUAAUGAUGAGAAUGUUAAAGUGCUGUCCAGUCCCCUUUUGAUUUUGCAUUCAGAAGAUGACCCUGUCUUGCCCAUGCACCUGGGUAGAAAGCUUGCUGAGAUUGCUCUCCACUCCUAUGCGAACAAAGACAAGGUCAAGUUUGUUGCCUUUCCAGAGAAGCUGGGUUUAGCCCAUGAAAACAUCUGUUCAGAUCCAGAACUGCCAGACAUUGUGAAAGACUUCCUGAAGAACAUCAAGUGAUACCAGCUACUGCAAUGUAUGUUAAUCACCAUGGGUGCACUUACAGCUGCAGCCACAUCAUGGCAGAGACUUUCAACAAAACUACAAUAGAAAGUUGAUUUGAUUUUAAUCAGCAAAUGGACUAAAUACAUUUGUGUAGACAGACCUGCUACUGGCAAAAUAGCUUCCCCCUACCCUAAGCUGUACUCAGGUAGGGUAAAGUUUACUUUACACUAAACUUUGUUUUCUUCUUAAGAGCUUAAAACUAAGGGCUGCACUAAAUGUAAGCAGUUUUUGAAGUGAUAAAUAAGCCCCUCUAUGGCUGUUUUUACAGACAUCACAUCUGUGAAACUCCAAAUUGUGUAGUCAAGUUACUAGUCAGCACAGAAUUGGACUUUAUCUUAACACCUUAGUAGGAACAGGGUGCUUAAUAUCUGGAGUAUGACUAUGGGGUAGUGAUGAGGCCAGUGUUCGUAGAGGGCUGUCCAGUGGAGGGCUGGAAAGGCUCUGAGUGUUCAGGUGGGGAGGUAAUUAUCUUGCUCUCAAUACUCCUGCUGAGGUUGCCUCAGUGCUAAGUCCAGUUCUUUAGGAAAUUAGAACCCAUGGGAGAAUAGAAAGUGAUCAAAGGUUAGAACUGUGCAUGCUCAGUCUUGAGGAAAGGUAACAGUUAAGGGCAGUGUUCUGUGCCCCCUGCAGUUACAACACUUAGUUUACAGCAAGGGAGGUUUUGGUCAGUUUUUCCUUCUGCUGAAACAAAGCCUAUUACUAUCACCCUUGCUCCUGAGGAAACCUAUUACUACUUGUGUGUGUCUAGUUAGACUAGUUGGGCCUAUUUUCCUUCCUUCCUUCCCCCCCCUACUUCCCUUGUGACAUUUUAUGUAACAUCUGACUUGAGGACAGGUACAGUAAAAUCGCCUGGCUGAGUCUACACAAGCAAUCCCAGGU